UCGUAGAGUCGUGAGCACGCAAUCGUUGUUGAAGAGCGCCCUCUUUGCCUUGUGACGGAUAAUCUUGUGUCGAUUGCGGAUCGUGUUGUUUGUUGUGCUCCUUUUUUCCUUCCAAUGUUUCUGUUCGCCGACGUCGUCGUUGGUCGUUGUAGAAGCGUCGUCGCUGUUGUUCCUUUAGCCGUUGCUGAUAACGGUUCCAGUGAUUUGGUGUGACCAGCGGGAGUAGAUAAGAGUUAUUGAUUUUUUUGUUGUUGCUCCGACGCAGAGGUACAAGUGCGUGAAAUUGUGAGUCGUGGAUUGCGUGGAUGCAGCACUUUAAGAAAAGGUCGGAGAUCAAGUGGUGUUUUGUAAACUGAAAGGAGCUGGUAGAAAGAAAAACCAAGCUCUGGAUUAUAGUGUGGAUUUGAGUGUUUUGGUUAAUUGGGUUACGAAAAGUGGUCGAAUGCAAGAAGCUAUUUAACAGGAAUCCUUCAGGAAGCAGAGAAGAAGAGACACAGCGAGCUAUCGCCGGUAUUUAUGAUAAAAUCAUCAGGAAUGACUGUAACUCCGAUACGAAUGGCGAUGACCAGCCCGACGGUUCCUGUGCAACAGAAGAGUGCCUCGCGGAUUAGUAACUUCAGCGUAGCGUCAUUGCUCGCUGACACCCGGCCUAAGACGCCGACCGGGAUGAUCGGGAUGACGGAAGUACUUCUACCUGCCAAUCUCUCCCAGGCCAGUAGUUCACCCCGAUCCGCCCACGACAGUAGUUCCAUCAAAAAUGAUCCGGAACGAUCGGAUACCCCGCACAGUCUGCUGGAGUCGGACGAUUACGACUCCAACCAGGAAGAUUCGAUUGUGGACAUCGAAGAUAUUCAUAAUGAAAACAGCAGUAGUUCUCAGCCGGGAAUGCCGGACAAGAUUGGAUCCCCCUCGAUGUUGCAGCAUUCGGCGGCGCUAACGGCGGCCGGACAUGUUCCUAUCCGACCGACCCCGUUCAGUGCCUUGGCGGCGGCAGCGGCAGCCUGGGGUGGCAUGAGCGGUGGAAUGCCCUGGCCCGCAGCCCGACAAAUGCCUCCCUUCGGUCCGCCCGGUCUGUUCCCUGGACAGGGUUUCGGAUCGGGACAGCUCGGUGCAGAUGGUGAACCACCCCGCAUCAAGUGCAACCUGCGGAAGCACAAACCGAACCGGAAACCCCGCACCCCAUUCACCACCCAGCAGCUGCUCUCGCUCGAGAAAAAGUUCCGGGAAAAACAGUACCUCAGCAUAGCGGAGCGGGCCGAGUUCAGUUCCUCGUUGCGGCUCACCGAAACCCAGGUCAAGAUCUGGUUCCAGAACCGACGGGCCAAGGCGAAACGGCUACAGGAAGCGGAGCUGGAAAAGAUCAAAAUGGCAGCACUGGGCCGAGCACCGGGCGCCCAGCUCUACAUGGGCUACUUCCACCCGAGUCUGAUGGGCGGAGCGAUGCAUUUAGGAUAAAGCGACGGGAGCUCCUCGCCCAAUCUCUCUCUAUCUAAUUUUGUAAGAAGAAACCAAUUGUGAAUAUUAGUCCCGUAAGGUUCCCCUCACUCCUCGAACAACUGUAAAAAGUACCUCCUAGGAAAAAAUAAAAAAGAAAGGAAAAACCCAUACGAAACCAAAUCGUUCCUGAGCGGAGUUAGGGUAACGAAAAGAACAUGUAAAUGGCAGAGACAGCUAGGAACCUUUUCAAAUGGCGCCCUCGAAGAAUAGAAGCAAUCACUAUGGGGAACAGUCAAUCGUGAAGUCAACGAGUGAAGUAGGAGCAACCCUUCACAUCGCAUUUUUAUUUAUUAAUACAGCUCGAAAAUAUUAAUUUCCUGUUUCGAAUUCGUUUCCAUUUUUAAAAAAUCGGUUCUGUCAGAGUCAAGUCAGUCAGUCAAUCACCCGAAAGCGCAUAACCUCUAAAAAAAACCAAAACCAGGAAAAGCACUCGUCAAUCAAUUAUAAAUGCCAUAAGUAAGCGAGUAUAAAACUGUUUUUUUUUCGGUGGUAAACAGAGCUUAUGAGUUCAUCCAAUGUUCGUUUACCUUCGUUUCGAAGCAAAUAUUUGGAACCAAUCAAAAAACAGUUUGAAGAAAUUAAUUUGGCAAAGCACUUUAAGGGGGCUGUUUGUGAUUCUUUCGACAUCCGAACCAAUCUCAUCUGAACUAAAUUGUGGAGCCUCGAAAAACGCGAACAAAAAGAAGUAAGUGAGAGCUAAUAUUUAUCCAAUUUCGCUUAAAGCAGUCAGUACACACACAAACAAACAGUAAAAGUGAGAGAAACAGACAAACAACCUAGGUGACUUAAUUUAUGCAUCCUUGAGCAGUCAUAAUCCCGCAGGGCGCUACAAAUUCUCAAAAAAGAAAAGAACCGGUUAAGAGUUCGACCAUAUUGUAAAUAUAGUUUGCCAAUUGUUCCUGGAACUCCGAAUGGCCGUUCCCUAGGAAGAAAGAUCCGUGUCAGAGUUUAGGUUAUGUUCCCCAAAACUAGUGUAAAUAUAGCCGUUAAGGAUAGGGCGUUUCAUCUACGUUUGUAACUAUACUUAUAACAAUAAUAUCAUGUAAGGUGUUCAGCUAAAGUUGUGAGAAUGAAGCUGGAGAAAAAAAAAUGUCCCCUCAGAGUGCUGCCCGGAUGCAGCGAGAAUACUUGAUUGAGAUGGGGAAACAAAAAAGUAAUAGCAACAGUAAAACACAGAAACUAUACGUCGUCGUCUUCUCGAAAAGCUCCUCUAGAUAAGGUUAUACUAAAUAAAAUUAUUAUUAUGUAAAAACAAUAAAACUAUUGAAAACUAUAGCGAGUGAAAACAAACAAAUGAACCCCCCCAAAACGGGGUUCACUGUAAGGCUAUUCUCGACAAGGUCUCAAUAAAACAAACGGAUUUAACUAUUUAACAAAUUGAA